GGCAUUGAAAGCCUCGCGCAAGGUUGUCUAAACUCUAAGCGUGCUCGAGCAGCGACAGACGGCGCGCGCACCGGGAGUAAUUAACCAAGAUGGCGAUGGAUCAAGCCAGGUCGACAAUAUCGAAAAUAUUCAAUGGGGAACCUCGAUCUUACACACGCUUCAACCUCACCCAGAACAUGGAGGGGGACAACAGUCAGGUGGAGAUGAAGCUGUCGUCCGAUAUGGAAGAGGAAGCCGAGGGUAAUGGAGUUGGGGAGCAUAUGAACCACCACCCCCGUCCAUCCUACGUCAGCAAAUCCAGCCAGCGUUCCCCCAGGAACAUCUGCUUUAUGGGCAUCGCCAUCCUACUCCUCUUCAUCAUUGGAUACCUGGUUGGCUACCUUGCUCACAGAAAAGCAGACAAAACGUAUCCGAGCUGUGCAGAGGACUUGGCCCCUGAUGAUGGUGAAGACAUGGCUCCGAUAGAAACGGUUCCAUCUCUUGACUGGAGUGAUAUUACGGCCAUGUUUAAGAGCAAACUGACCACAGACAGCAUUGAGAAGAGCUUAAGUGACUUCUCCAGUGACAGUCACCAGGCCGGAUCUCCAGGAGAUGAGGCGCUUGCCAAUAAAUUGAUGGGAAGAUUCAAGAGCUAUGGCAUGAACCCCUGGACUGACGAGCACUUCGUUAGAGUCCAGGAUCGUCCUACCAGUGGCACCAACAAAGUGACUUUCCAGAACAAAACGUAUGCUGAAUCUGGCUUCUUGUCCUACAGUGCAACUGGAUCAGCUCAGGGUGCGGCUUUAUAUGCAUAUUAUGGACAAGUAGAAGAUUUGAGGCGCCUGCAAGACCUUAGAAUCAACAUGUCCGGAAGAGUCCUCCUAGUUAGAGCUGGCAAAAUUACUCCUGCUGAAAAGGUUGCCAAUGCAGCCAGUGUGAAUGCAGGUGCUGUGCUGAUCUACCCAGAUCCUGCUGACUACUCAUUUGAGAGAGACACAGACUUGUUUGGCCAUGUCCAUCUUGGCUGUGGUGAUCCGUACACUCCAGCUUUUCCAUCUUUCAAUCACACUCAGUUUCCUCCAGCGAAGUCCUCCGGCCUGCCAGCCAUUCCUGCACAGACCAUCAGAGCCAGCACAGCUGCAGCCAUCAUGAAGGGUUUGGGAGGUGAUUCUCCUCGUGGUUGGGGUGAUGGAGGUCUCAGAGAUGUUGUCUACAAGCUUGGUAGUGAGAGUGAUCUGAUCGCUGUGGAGGUGAACAAUGUCCUUACAGAGAAGAAGAUCCAUAACGUGUUUGGAGUCAUCAAAGGUUUCAUAGAUGCAGAUCGCUAUGUGGUGAUUGGAGCUCAGAGAGAUGCCUGGGGUCCUGGAUAUGCCAGGUCUACUGUUGGCACCAGUUUGCUGGUUGAGUUGGCCAGGACUUUUAGCGAAAUGGUAAACAAUGGAUUCAAGCCCAAGAGGAGCGUAGUGUUUGCGAGCUGGAGUGCUGGAGAAUAUGGAGCUGUGGGCGCCACCGAGUGGCUGGAGGGCUAUCUGUCCUCUCUCAAUAUGAAAGCUUUCUCCUACAUUAGCCUCGAUGGAGUUGUCACAGGUUCCUCUUUCAAAGCAAGUGCAAGCCCCCUGUUGUAUGACUUAAUUCAGAACACUCUGAAAGAGGUGUCUUCACCCACUGAUGCCAACAAAAGUUUAUAUUCAGAGGCUGGAAGCAACUGGGAAGUGUCUGUAAUGGAGCCGAUGAAGAUGUCUGAUCCUGCCUAUCCGUUCCAGGCUUUCUCUGGCAUUCCUUCUGUCUCAUUCCGCUUUACCUCAGACAAAGAAUAUCCAUUCUUUGGAACCGUUCUGGACACCAAGAGGAAUCUGGACUCUAAAGUAUUCAACCUACGUGUGCUCACCAAGACAGCGGGAGAGAUAGCUGGGCAGAUGGCUCUUCAGCUGGUGCAUGACCACCUGCUCAGGCUGAAUGUGGAGAAGUACACCAACACCAUCCGCAGCAAAGUGGCUCAGAUCAAUAAAGAAAUCAUAAGUCUGCAGUCGUCUGGCCGUGUUCCAAAGACACUGAGAAUGCAGUGGUUGAUGUCAGCUUUGGGCUCAUAUAGUCGUGCUUCCAGAAAUCUCAACACCAACAUCCAGAACAGUGACCUUGACGACUAUGAGCAGUGUCGCAUCAUCAAUAACCGAAUCAUGGGGGUGGAGAGGGAUUUACUUUCUCCUUAUGUGUCUCCCCGGGAGAAUCCAUUCAGACACAUAUUGCUGGGCUCUGGCUCACACACUCUGGAAGCUUUGCGUGAACACCUGGUUGCCAUCAAGGAGAAUUCAGCCAGCGGCAACAUUGACCUGCUGAGGAACCAGUUCGCUCUGGCCACCUGGACCAUCCAGAGCUGUGCCAACGCGCUGGCAGGCAGUGUGUGGGAAAUGGACAACGAAAUUUAAGCGAAACCCGAUUCGGAUCAUGGCUUAAUUAUGAACCGAUGAAAAGUUUCAGAUGAAAAACAACAUACCCCUCGAAUAAUGGAUUGCACUCCACAGGUACAUUAGAGUGCCUGUACUGUAUUUCAACCAGAAGUUCUGUCUGUUUCUAACUUGCCAUUCGGUGAAAAUUUUAUGUUUUGCUUCUCACAAACCAUUUUCUUUCAGUUCUGCACUCCUAACAAACAAAUUUCCCUGAACUAAAACUGGAUUUUGAAGACCAUGGGAGCCUUUUAAAUGCUACUGUAAAUUUACUGGAAAUAAUGGUGAAGGAAAACGCCAACACAGUGAUCCAAGACACUAGAACUUUAUAGACGUUUAUAAAAUUAGCUUUAGAAUAAAACUUUGGGUUGAAAUACAGUAUAGAAUUGCCAUAAACUGAAUAUUCAGAUUAUUACAUAUCAAUGCAAAACAAAGUUGUUCAGGUCUCUAAAGAAAAGAAAAAUCCCUGUAAUAUUAAGGUGCUUCAUGAGCAUGUAGUUCCGACUCAAAUAUUACCUCACACAGUAUUUUUUUAACAAAUGCAGUCAAAAUGUUAACUAUGCAAGUCAGAUGUAGCUCAAAAUGUAGACCGUUUUAACUCAAGGUCAGGCACACGUAUGUUUUUUGGACACAAAACUAACAAUCGGGGAAUUGUAUGUAUUUUUUUACCUUAUUUGAUCAAGUCUUCCAGAUACUCUUGUAUGGAAAACUUUAUUCAAAAAUCCUAUGAAUGUGGAAGCCAGCAAAUCGUUCACACAGGCAAGGGCUACGGAGGACAGUCGUUUUCAUUCUUCUGCUGUCUCUGACACUCCUGACUGUAGAGUUCAGUGCUGUCAAAACAGACCUAAAAAAGCAGAAAGCCUCUUAAUUUCUACAGAUUAGAGGCUGUUCAUUGGGCUGCAUGCUGAAAUUCCAAUGGAACAUCCAAGAUGGGCUAACCAGAGGCUUCAAAACGUGGCACUGAAAUCUCUAUUUAUUUUUUUUAUUUAUUUAUCAGUGACAGGGUUCACUAUAAAUAGCAUUUUGUAACGCCUUUUUAAAGAAAUGUAUAAUUAUCGGAAGCAGUGCCUUCCAUAAUUAUGACAGUUAUACUGUCGAAAUGACAAAGCAGCAUCUGCUACGGAGGUAAACCUGUUUCCAAAAAGCUACGGCCAAGGAGAGUCACGUCGCAAGGUUUAGUGCAAUGACUGCAUGACUUUUGCUAAGACUAUACCUGAAGGAAUAUUGCAAGCCAAGGUGUGUUUGAUGUCUGAAAUUUGCUUCUUUAGUUUUGCACUGGAGCUACGAGCAAUGGAAGCUAACCAGUAAUGGAAGGUCAUACUCAGCUUAAGCGAAUUUCACUGAUUUGACAAAAUUUCUGUGUAAUUAAGUCUAAACAAAGUCGUUCAGUGUGCUUUUAAUGUGAAAGAGAAAGAGUCAGAACUGUUCACAGUGGUGGCGAUAGGAACCAGACGUCUGAAGAUCUUAAUGCUUCUAACAGAAAGAUAUUCUAUGUAUGAAGUGGUUACGAAUACGUGGCCUGAUGUCUGAGACAUUGAGUGUGUUUACAUGCACUUAAUAAUCUUAUAAAUGCAGAAAGUCAGAUUUUGUCUGUAAUAUGAUCAACACAUUUACAAGCACUUGAGUAAUCAGAUAGUGGGGAAACUCCAGGUCUGCGUGAGUCAGGCAGUAAUCGGAUUUCAGCUUUGCAACCAGCAAAAAACUCACAGAUAACAAUGUGACGUAAACGUAACGUAGAACUCAAACUUCACAUCGUGGCUUUUUUUUUUUUUUUUUUAAAUAUGGCCCACUUUACCUGAAAAUAUGAACAUACAUCAUCUAGAAGAUGAAGAAUAUUUAAAUCCUUCAUUUCGCCAAGCAUGUGUUCGGUUUCGUGGCAACACUGCUCACUUAUUUCCGCUACUGCAGCCGCAUGUGCAGACUGAGGAAUGCGAAAGAAAUCAGAGUAAGAGUUCACAUGCACUGAGAAAUCUGAGCUGAAAUCCAGCUCUCUGAGUUCUUAAUCGGAUUUCCAGACCUUACUUUGAUCUAAGAAACCAUUUGAAUAACCAGAUAACUGCAGGAAUCCGAUUAUGAUCGGUUAUUGAGUGCCUGUAAAUGCACUCAUUGGUUUAAAACGGAUUUAAUGUGUAUUCAUGGUGGAGGGGUACAUGCAGGGUGUUGUCAGGCAAAAUAGUAGCCAAAGAAAACUUAUUUCUUCAGGACCAUUUAACACCAGACCACUCCGAAUUCCAUCUUAACUCAAUUUUGAGAAAUUGCUGCAAAUCCACUUAAAAUGGCCACAGCUAAGUUGCAUUAGCUACAGUAGCGAAACUAAAGAAGCGCUAUUCUCUGUAUGAUUCCUUGAAGUGUAGUCUUGAUGCUGUCGCCCACACUAGGCUAACGGACUGCUCUCUGGCGUCUCUCCAUUUUUGGAACACUUUUCUUCCUGAUCCUAACCAUUAUCGGGAGCAGCGUCUUCCAUAAUGUGAAGAAGAUGGUAGUUUUUGCCUACCAGCGUGUUGAUAUCGAGGGCAGUGCCCCUCAUAUUUCACUGUAGGGUGGAUGAAGUUAUCGGGAACAGUGUUUCCCAUAAUGUUGUACAUAUCCGCGUUUGCGCACAGUCACCCUGAUAACCGUCCCACACCUGCCGGCUAUUGGCAGUUUCUUUCAGCAGUGGCAUGGAAAGUAGAGAAGAAUCCUAAGAAUCAGAUGUAGAUGAGAAAAAUAUGCAUGGUGUGAUACUGUGAUGGGCAUUUGUAUGAUUUUGUAGUACAUAUUGUAUUUUUUUCUCUCUUUUUCUUUUCUUUUGGUUUGGUUUCUGACAUUUUAUGUGCUUUGUUUGUGCCUUAUAUGAUUUGAGAGGCUUUUCGAGAUUCAAUAUUACUUCCCUCCUCUUUUUCGCAGGCCUUAUUUUCUUCAUAAUUCGAUCUUCUGUCCUUCAAUUUAAUUCUUUCUAACAGCUCGGAAGUCUGGACACCUAAUAUAUUGUACUCAGAGUUGUCAACAGUUAUAGAAUGGUAAUAUAUUUGACACAGAAUUAAUAUAACCACUUUUUAUUAUGCAAAAUUCAUAAAUGUAAGACCAAUAUGAUUUGGGGAUUUUACUUUAUUAUAAAGAAGGAAUUUAAAGAGCAGGGACGUCAUCCUUGAUGCAUCAACAACAACAGCAAAAAAAUCCCCACAUGUUUGCUGAUAUAAAUGUAUGUAAUUUGCUUGCAGCACUCCACCUGUCUACCUGUUUAUGUUCAAAGAUGUUCAAUACAUAAACUGUUUAAUGCAAAUUAUAAUUACAACGUAUUAAAGUGGCUUUGGCUUCUAGCUCUGCCGUCCUGCUUCA